AUGAGCCGCACCAAGCAGAGCGCUCGUCGCGCCAAGCGCCGCGCCAACGACGCUGCUGCCGAGCCCAGCAAGAAGCAAAAGAAGGAUGCAACCAAGACUUCGGCUGCGACAGCUUCAGCUGCGAUGGCGAGCGUGAGCAGUGUCAAGGGCAGCCGCGAGUGGGCCGGGAGCACGCUGACCAAGCUGCUGGGAGGCAUGUCGUUGGACAUGUUCAAGUCCGAGUACUUCGAGAAGAAGCCGCUGCACGUGCGCAAGGCGGACAAGGGUGAGCUGUUCGGCAGCGGCCUCUUCUCCCGCAAGAAGAUGCUCAAGGUCAUGGAGAAGCAGCAGCACAUGGGCUUCGGCAAGGACCUGACAGUCUGUAGAUACGUCAACUCGGAGCGCGAGAACUUCGACGGCGAGGACUCGAACGGCCACGCCACGAGCCGCCAGGUUGCCAGUCUGCUGGACAGAGGCUAUAGCUGCCAGUUCUACCAGCCGCAGCGCUACGCGGAUGGACUGUACGAGCUCAACGCGGCGUUCGAGGAGGUUUUCGGUGGUCUGGCAGGGGCCAGCGCGUAUUUGACCCCGGCGAACUCGCAGGCGCUGGCGCCGCAUCACGAUGACGUGGAGGUGUUUGUGCUGCAGACGCAGGGUCGUAAGAAGUGGAAGCUUUACCGCCCGCUGGUGGAGCUGGCAGGAGAACACAGCUCGGAUCUCGCUGCUGACCAGAUUGGUGAGCCGUGGAUGGAGCUUACCGUCGAGGAAGGCGACUUGCUGUACUUCCCGCGCGGCAUCGUGCACCAGGCAUGCACGGACGAUAAGCAGUUUUCGACUCACGUGACCAUCUCGGUGUACCAGCACAACACCUGGGCCAACUUCCUGGAAGUUGCGCUGCCUCGCGUCAUUCGUCAUGCGUUCGACUCAGACGUCGCGUUCCGUAAGGGACUCCCUGUCGGCUACCUGAGUUACAUGGGCACUCAAUUCCCGACUGAUUCUGCAGAGGCGAAGAAGUUCGCUGCGGCGUGCAAAAAGCUUGUUGGUCAGCUUGCGACGCACGUUAGCGACAAGGACUUGCAGGAGGCUGCUGACGAGGCGGCGCUGGAUGUGUUUGCGAACCGCCUGCCUCCUCCUGGGCAGAGCAACAACGAUGGCGAGGCUGGUUCUAGUCCGCUAGACAGCAAUGUGGCCAUUCGAUUCAAAAACCGCUCUCACGUGCGCUUGUCGAUGGGCGAGGAUGAAGCGAAGGAAGCCUUCGUUGCCGUAUACUACUCGCUGCACAACUGUCGGCGGCAUCACAUGGGUUUGUGCACUUGCGAUGGCGGUGACGAAGAUGAGGAAGGAAAGGAACAGGAACAGGAAGACGAUGAUGGUAGCGAAGAUGGCGAGGGUGGAGAGGAAGGCAGUGAUGAUGGGGACCAUGACGAGGAUGGCGACAAUGAGAGCGACGAGGAGGACGAUUCCAGUGCUGCAUUUGGCCAGAUGCCGCCCCAACCGAAGAGCAUCGUAUUCCCGGGAGAACUUGCUCCUGCGCUCAUGAAGCUCUACGCGUCGUCCGCUUCCGUUCCUGGUGUUUCGGUUGAGGAGCUUGCGGAAGACGCUAGCGACGAGACUGCGGUGCGUGGAAUGCUGCUGCGUCUGUGGUCCGAGGGUCUGUUGGAUGUCACCUCAUAG